AUGACCGAGCCGAGAUCCAACGGGCAGCUAAGCGCAGCAGCCGGUAGCGACAAGAAGGUGACGGUGGUGGACCAGACGGACGGCGAGGUGGCCCUGCCGGAGUUGUCGGGCUACGUGAAGAUUUGCAAACCGCGUUACCUGGGCAUACGGGUGUUUAAACGCGUGUACGUUGUCCUCAAAAAGACCAUACUGCAAGUAUACAAGGUGGGUGGCUGA